UUCUAACUUUAUAUGCACGAAGGAGGCCUGAACCUAUUCUACCUCUGCAUCACAGUUCAAAUAUGAUGAAGUGGAGCCAUAAAGUUGUUCUCAGCAUAACCGUCUGUUUCAUUCUGAUAUACAUGUACGUGUUUGCGUUUUCGGCAAAAAAUCUUAAAUUGCCUUUCAAUAUUAUCUCUGGAGAUGAAAAUGUUUCAAGGAGUAAAUUGGCGAUGGAUCUCACAAGAGCAAACAACGUCAGGAGGGCUACAUCAGAAAUAUGGCGAAAUUUGAUGAAACCUCAGAGCAAAAUAUCUUUUUCAGAGUCCGUGGAUCAGCAUUAUUCUCAGGCUUACCAAGACCAAACUGUGUACGACAUCUUCCCUCAGAAGAAUGGAUUUUUCAUAGAAAUGGGCGCCUACGAUGGAAAAGUGCGCUCAAACACUUUAUGGUUGGAAAGGAAACAUAACUGGACUGGGCUACUUAUAGAGGGAAACCCCAAAUCAUGUCGCAGCAUCGAUAGGCUGCAGAGGCAAGUUUGGCGUUUGUGCGCAUGCGUGUCGAAUGAAAAAGAGGCGUCGUUCAUAAUGGGAAAUGAACAAGAUGAAGUAGGAGGUGUUGAGAAAAAUAUGCCGAAAUCGCAUUUGGUUCAUCUGAACAAUGUUCAAAGAGUAAAGAUUCCAUGUUUCAAUUUGCGUGACGUUUUAACAAUUAUUGGUGUUUUUCAUGUGAACUAUUUUUCUUUGGACGUAGAGGGAGGGGAAAUACACGUGCUGAAUAGCAUAACAGAAGAUUUGGUUUCUAGAAAAAUCAUUGUAGAUGUGUGGACAAUCGAAUAUCGCGCAUGGGCGGGGCAAAAAUUUGAUUGGCCGACAGGAAACGAAAAUCUAGCCAAUCUGCGAGCUUUUUUCAAAGAAGUGGGAGGAUACGUAGAACAUUCCCAGCUAGCUUACGAGAGUCAGAGUCUCCCAGAUGGCCGUUAUUUAGAUGUUGUGUUUGUGUAUAUAGAGACAUGGUGUAAACACAAUGGCAUGCUUCCCGGGGGGAAAAUAAAAUGUUAAAUGUUCUGAGAGAGUUUGUCCACGUUUUACAAACAUAUCAAAAUCUGGUAUAGAAAAUAUGUGUGAAAACGGGAGUUUGUGUAGGUAAGAUAAUCACUCAGCUGCUAUAGUCCGAUUAUAAUUAAAGCUUGGAUUUGAGUGCAGUUGCUCGCUUUUACCAAUUUAUCAAUU